AUGUGUGCAGGCUAUAUAGAAGGUGGUAUUGAUACAUGUCAAGGUGAUUCUGGUGGACCACUUGUUUAUAAAUAUACAUUAAUGGGUGUAACAUCAUUUGGUAAUGGAUGUGCUAAGCCUAAUGCACCUGGUGUUUAUGCUCGAGUCUCUUCCUUUAUUGAGUGGAUUAAUGAGAAAAUAAACAGAUAUUAG